UGGAAGCUCGGUGUAAAGGGAGGGCAUGAGAAGGCUGGAGAGGUGCCAGGUGUGGACCAUCCGGGGACACCAGCCUGGUCACUUUCCUAGGACCGCUCAAUGCCUUCUGUCAGUGUCGCAACCCACUGGGUUCAUCCUUCCACUUUCACACUUGGGGCGCGGGGAAGGGCUGAAUGCAGGCACCACUGGUCACGAGGGCGUGACUGGGGAAUUCCUCCUUCGGCGGGCGCCCACCUCCUUGCACCCGUGGCACAGCUCCGGGAACGGCUGCGGGCCCAGCCGCUGCUUCCCCGGAGACAGAAGUGGAGCCGGACCGCCGGAAACCGUAGAUCCGGGGAGGUCGGGGCCGCGGUGAACUCCAGUUCCCCGGGACCGGAAGUGACAGCGGACCGCCGGACACCGCAGAUCCAGGGAGGUUGGGGCCGCGGAGAGCUGUAGUUCCCCGGAACCGGAAGUGAUGGCGGACCGCCGGAAACCGUAGAUUCGGGGAGGUCGGAGCCGCCGGGAGCUGCAGUUCUCCCGCGGCUCAGAGAAGUACGCAGAGAGCGGAGCUGGCGGCCGGGCAGCAUGGCGGGGCUGGAGCUUUUGUCGGACCAGGGCUACCGGGUGGACGGGCGGCGCGCCGGGGAGCUGCGCAAGAUCCAGGCGCGGAUGGGCGUGUUCGCGCAGGCUGACGGCUCGGCCUACAUCGAGCAGGGCAACACCAAGGCGCUGGCGGUGGUCUACGGCCCGCACGAGAUCCGGGGCUCCCGGGCUCGAGCCCUGCCGGACAGGGCCCUAGUGAACUGUCAAUAUAGUUCAGCGACCUUCAGCACAGGUGAGCGCAAGCGACGGCCACAUGGGGACCGUAAGUCCUGUGAGAUGGGCCUGCAGCUCCGCCAGACUUUCGAGGCAGCCAUCCUCACACAGCUGCACCCACGUUCCCAGAUUGAUAUCUAUGUGCAGGUGCUACAGGCAGAUGGUGGGACCUAUGCAGCUUGUGUGAAUGCAGCCACGCUGGCAGUGCUGGAUGCUGGGAUACCCAUGAGAGACUUUGUGUGUGCGUGCUCAGCUGGCUUCGUGGACGGCACAGCCCUGGCGGACCUCAGCCAUGUGGAGGAAGCAGCUGGUGGCCCCCAGCUGGCCCUGGCCCUGCUGCCAGCCUCAGGACAGAUUGCGCUGCUUGAGAUGGAUGCCCGGCUGCACGAGGACCACCUGGAGCGGGUGUUGGAGGCUGCUGCCCAGGCUGCUCGAGAUGUGCACACCCUCUUGGACCGAGUGGUCCGGCAGCAUACCUACCUGCCUGAGCCCCGACUACCAGCUCCUGCAGUCUGGACCCUGGGACUGCUUCUCCCCUAAUAUUCCAAGGAUCUCCUGGC